AAAGAGCUUGCCGUCGUCCUGUACUUUUUGGCGAGGUCCGGGCCAGAGGAAGAAGACUGUUGUCUCAAAUCAACUCGUACUGAAUAACUGUGUAGUGUAUUUGUGUAGUUCUGGCUAGUUUUAGUUGAGUUUGCCUUGCCGUAGGGCACUGUGGGGAGUGUGGGCGCAAAACCUGAGGCACACUCGUAGCGUUUCCUGAAUAAAUGUGCCGACCUGGUGAACAGUGCUGCACAAUGCCUCCCAAUUGCAAUUGCAAACAUGGUGCUCGUCUCGGAGUGGCAUAGCUUCCAUUCCUGCCAGUUGGCAGUGUCUCAUAAAUUGCUCCCGUUGUUUAUUGCUCGGAUGGAUCCUCAAGCUAUUUCUGAUGUUGCCGGUGGUGAUGCGGGAACGAAAAAGAAAAGUUCCUUUCAAAUUACCAGUGUACGAAAGGGAGAUACUGCCUCUCUAUCGUCUGAUGUUGGAGCUAUCGAUGAAUUUGAUGUAGACGCAGAUGAAGGUGAAGCUGAUGGUGACGAGGAGGAAGAUAACCUCUCGGGAUCUGUGAGCUUAGACCAGCCUAAUGAAAAUGGUCACCUUGCAGACACUGGUCUAGCAGCGCCUGAUGUUCCUCAGUCACAGUCCAAAUACAGAGUAGUUCGUAUCAAGAAAAAUAACACCUCAGUCGAUAGGAAGUUUCAUCGCGGACGAUGGGACUGCUGGGAUUUUGUCAAUGGGAACGGCGGUGAGCAAACUCAUUCGCCAGGUGACGCCCAGAAUCAAGAGGAGGAGCAGUCAAGAAAAAACUCCAGAAAGCCUUCUGACAUAACUGUUGAAGAGCCACCUUCAGACAAUGCUGUCAAUCACGAUGAAUCUAAAAGAAAUCCCAGUGCUCCAGCUACUGGUGGUGAAUCUAGCACCAGUACAGGCUCUCGGCCAUCUGGCUCUGGAAAGAAAGUUGCUUUUGGACCUGUUGCCACCGCUACCGCAGUAGCAACAACUGGUGCAGCAACUGCAGCAGAAGACACUACACCUUCUCAAUCGAAUGGCAAUGAGCCGAGGGCAGCGGCUGAUCAUCUCCUUGCGGCUGUAAACGACGCAGUUCGGAAAUUUUCUACAACCCAGCAGCAGGAAGUCCAAACCCUGAGAGUGGAGGUGAAUAGCCUCUCACACUCGCUGGAUCAGUCAAAGAGUAAGGAAAAGUCAGCCACAUCGGAGAAUUCUACCCUUCGAGAGGCCAACGAUAGCUUAGUGGGGGAAACGAAUCGACUCACAGGGCUUGUGCAAGAGCUGAUACAGGACACCGCCUCCUCGGCAGAUCUCUUAUAGUAGUUUAUUCCGCUCUUCGUUUUUCAUAUUGAUCCUCGUUGUUUGGUGCUGACGUCGCUGCCCUUGAGUUUCAUACUAGUGUAUUAUCCAAAUUGGAAGCAGUGUUCACUUCCAUAAAACCAUUCUUUUUUGAGCCAUGAAACAAAUGUCCCUUCUGUCAUGUGAUGAACAUGUGACCGUGCGCUACAUCCACCACACCUCUUUCUGACGACGACGGCGACGAUGCUUUGUCUCACCACGGCUUUUGUUUAGGCUCGAUAUCCUUGAGCGCCCCUUUUUUUACCCUGCCACAUUUAUUUUUUAACACACUACUACCCUAACACUGGAUGGCACAACAAAAGAUCCCUCCGCUGCCUUGACUGCUGUUGUCACUCCAUAGGUGGAGUGGUGGGAGCAGUAGGAGAAAGGGGAGCACCACUUCCUCUCUGCCUUUGACCGUUCUUCUUUUAAGCGCUUGUCAGGCUACUGUUACUUUUCUUACUCCUUAGCCAGUACGCCUGUACUGUGUUGUCUCUGUUGCUUUCUCUCCAUCUUCCUCUGCCCCUGUCUCCAUCUUGGCUGUCUGCUUUCAUAUUAAUUAUUUUGGUCUUUUGUGCAACUCGCCUUGAUGUCAAAUUCCGUGCCGAAGUAUGCCAUAGAUCUUGACCUCAUCUUGUCUCUGUAUCCUUCCUCAUGUUUCCUUCCUUUCCAGCUCUUUUGUAUGUGAUGUAUAAUAUUCAUCCCAGCCUCAGUUUUGUUGCUGGAGGUACAAUCUUGUCAUUUACUGGGCAAGUCCCAGGAUACUUGCUACAAGUACACAGCAGUAGGUCGUUGCGACCAUGAUGCACCGAAUGCUUUGGCUGAACGUGA